AUGGCACGAAUGAAACAAACCCGAGAUGACGUCUCCGGCACCGCUCAAAGCCGGAUUGCGACUACGCCAGUCGAUCGCCUGCGAGUAGCGGUACGCAUUCCUACGAGAACAAUGACCGCCGACGCACAGACAAAGUUGCACACCAUGUUCGAGGAUAUGCUGCAAGAAUAUGAACAAACCAAGGAAAGCCUUGAGAGAACUAAGGACGCACUGAUCGCGGCCAACUAUAAACUGGAUGCGACCGAGACCGAGCUGGACACAACUAAGAGUCAGCUGGCUGAGGUAAAGAGCAACCAUGACAAGUACUCGCGCUGGUGGCGUGAAGAUUUCCGCGCAUUGAAUGCACAAAAGCGCACAAAUGAGCAGCUGGUAAUCGAACUGGCGAUCGAGAAAGAGAAGGCCCAGAAAAACAACGACGCUCAGGAAAAGCUUGAGCAGCUCCAGAAACAAUGGUCGUCACUCUCCCAUAUCCUCAGUAACGAAGACACCAGCCGCUAG